AGAAACGUGGAAACAGGGCCGCGGAGUGGUGGGUGGAUCGUUGGGAGGAAAACAGCCCUCGGAGCUGAGUUGAGGUUUGGGCUCUGGGCAGGCCCGUGGGUUCCGCCGAUUGUUGCCAUGGCCCUCGGUGGACGACUCCUAACGGGUGUCGGGUUGGGGUGUACGCGCUCCUUGAGGCCCAGUUCAGCGUCUGGGUCCUGGGCCUGGCUUGUGGAGCACUACUGAGCCCGCUGGUAGGUCCCCAGGCAGAGGAGAUCCUGAGACAUUGGAGAAACCACCACCCAUCGCCUAGGGCUCUGUGCUGAGGCCACCACGGGCAGUUCAACAUGGCAGAGACCCUGGAGUUCAACGACAUCUAUCAGGAAGUGAAAGGGUCUAUGAAUGAUGGGCGGCUGCGACUGAGCCGCCAGGGUAUCAUCUUCAAGAACAGCAAGACGGGCAAAGUGGACAACAUCCAGGCUGGGGAGUUGACUGAAGGCAUCUGGCGGCGGGUUGCCCUGGGUCAUGGAGUUAAACUGCUCACAAAGAACGGCCAUGUCUAUAAGUAUGAUGGCUUCCGAGAGUCGGAGUUUGAGAAACUCUCUGAUUUCUUCAAAACUCAUUAUCGGCUUGAGCUAAUGGAGAAAGACCUGUGUGUGAAGGGCUGGAACUGGGGGACAGUGAAGUUUGGUGGGCAGCUGCUUUCCUUUGACAUUGGUGACCAGCCAGUUUUUGAGAUACCCCUAAGUAAUGUGUCUCAGUGUACUACCGGCAAGAAUGAGGUGACGCUGGAAUUCCAUCAGAAUGAUGAUGCAGAGGUGUCUCUUAUGGAGGUUCGCUUCUAUGUCCCUCCCACCCAGGAAGAUGGUGUGGACCCUGUUGAGGCUUUUGCCCAGAAUGUACUGUCCAAGGCAGAUGUAAUCCAGGCCACUGGAGAUGCCAUCUGCAUCUUCCGGGAGCUGCAGUGUUUGACACCUCGUGGUCGUUAUGACAUUCGGAUCUACCCCACCUUUCUGCACUUGCAUGGCAAGACCUUUGACUACAAGAUCCCCUACACCACAGUUCUACGUCUCUUUUUGCUUCCCCACAAAGACCAGCGGCAAAUGUUCUUUGUGAUCAGCCUGGAUCCCCCCAUUAAGCAGGGCCAAACUCGUUACCACUUCUUGAUCCUCCUGUUUUCCAAGGACGAGGACAUCUCCUUGACUCUCAACAUGAAUGAGGAAGAGGUGGAGAAGCGCUUUGAGGGUCGGCUUACAAAGAACAUGUCAGGAUCCCUGUAUGAGAUGGUCAGCCGGGUCAUGAAAGCACUUGUGAACCGCAAGAUCACUGUCCCAGGCAACUUCCAAGGGCACUCUGGGGCUCAGUGCAUCACUUGCUCCUACAAGGCCAGCUCAGGACUCUUGUACCCACUGGAGCGGGGCUUCAUCUAUGUCCACAAGCCACCCGUGCACAUCCGCUUUGAUGAGAUCUCCUUUGUCAACUUUGCCCGUGGCACCACCACCACUCGUUCCUUCGACUUUGAGAUUGAGACCAAGCAGGGUACUCAGUAUACCUUCAGCAGCAUUGAACGGGAGGAGUAUGGAAAACUGUUUGAUUUUGUCAAUGCGAAAAAACUUAACAUCAAAAACCGAGGAUUGAAAGAGGGCAUGAACCCAAGCUAUGAUGAAUAUGCCGACUCAGAUGAAGAUCAGCAUGAUGCCUACUUGGAAAGGAUGAAGGAAGAGGGCAAGAUUCGGGAGGAGAAUGCCAAUGAUAGCAGUGAUGACUCAGGAGAAGAAACAGAUGAAUCGUUUAACCCAGGUGAAGAGGAAGAAGAUGUGGCAGAGGAGUUCGACAGCAACGCUUCUGCCAGCUCCUCCAGUAAUGAAGGUGACAGUGACCGGGAUGAGAAGAAGCGAAAGCAAUUGAAAAGAGCUAAGAUGGCCAAGGAUCGCAAGAGCCGCAAGAAGUCUGCAGAGGUGAAGAAAGGCAAAGAUCCCAAUGCCCCUAAGAGACCCAUGUCUGCAUACAUGCUGUGGCUUAAUGCCAGCCGAGAGAAGAUCAAGUCAGACCAUCCUGGUAUCAGCAUCACAGAUCUUUCCAAGAAGGCAGGCGAGAUCUGGAAGGGGAUGUCCAAAGAGAAGAAAGAGGAGUGGGACCGCAAGGCUGAGGAUGCCAGGAGGGAAUACGAGAAAGCCAUGAAAGAAUACGAAGGAGGACGAGGCGAGUCUUCCAGGAGGGACAAGUCAAAGAAGAAGAAGAAAGUGAAAGUAAAAAUGGAAAAGAAAUCCACCCCUUCUCGAAGCUCAUCAUCCAAGUCAUCAAGGCAGCUAAGUGACAGCUUCAAGAGUAAAGAAUUUGUGUCCAGUGAUGAGAGCUCUUCUGGAGAGAACAAGAGUAAAAAGAAGAGGAGGCGGAGUGAGGACUCUGAAGAAGAAGAGGAAGAAGAACUAGCCAGUACUCCCAGCUCAGAGGACUCGGCGUCAGGAUCUGAUGAGUAGAGGAGGAAAAUUCUUUGUCCAGAUGCUUGCCCUACCACAAUGCCAGGCUCCCUGCUCAAGUUUUGGAACCAGUUUCUCCUCACAUGGCUUGUAAUACUCGGGUUCAUGUCAUUUGAAGCAGCUCUCCUGAUGGCGUGCACUUGGCUGCAGCAGCAGGGGAAGCGUGUUUCUCUGCUGCUUCACAAGGACAGCUCUUUGUAGUUUGGAAGAGACUGGGUGGAAGUCUUCACUGCUUGCAGGGCAGUGCAGGAUCCAAAGCCGCAUCCAACUUGCAUAAGCUGCUGCUUGUCCUGUUCAAGUUGCUGCAGCAGGGUCAUGUGAGGUCAGGCCUGUAGCUCCUAAUUGGGGCCUAUUUCUACUUUUAUUUUGUAUUUCUGGUCUGUGGAAUCAACAAUUUAAUAAAGGGAACUGACUUUGGAAA